AUGACAGCUGGCUCUGUCUCAGUUCCUCAGAUCAUCCCACUUCGAAUCCCACCUCCAGGGAAAACUCAACGGGAAAUAGACACAAAUACCCUUGUAGAAAUAAAAUCAGAUACACCUGGAGCCUCUAUUUAUUACACUUUAGAUGGAAGUAAACCAGAACUCAUUAGGAAACCUGGCUAUGGGUCCUGUAACACUUUGGAGUAUAAGGGUCCUAUCAUAUUACCAGUGGGGAAAAUAAUGGUCAAGGCCCUGGCAGUUACAAAGGACUACAGGGAGAGUUCAGUUGUGACAAAGGUGUUUGUGGUAGAGUACCAGCAACCAAGCAUCCUUUUGCCUGUUGAAGAUGAUGACAAGAAUUUCAUAAAAGAUAUGGCCACACAGAAUAAGGAAGGUGGAACAUUUACUACAAAACCGAAGAAGAAUAGGCUGAAUGUGGUAAUCAAGCCUGCCUGGGAUGAAACAUCCCAAGACUUUCAAGGCAGAAAGCCCUCUCACAGGUCGUCUCAAGGACCUCAGCUCCUUGCCAGUCGUUUGGGAGCCACAGAGUACAGAGAGGAACCCACCUCAGCACAACCAAUGGAGUCAUUGCAGUUUACAAGUUCUUCUGCAGUGACUAGCCAGAAAAGCUUAGCAAGCACACAGGUGUCAAGGAUCCAGAGCGAAACAAAUUUCCUUAAAUGUGCACAUUGUUCUGCCCCUCGCCUGUCUGAGCCCUUGGCUCACUUCUGCCAGAAAUGUGGAUCUCCUAUGCCCCCUGUGCCAGUCCGGCGCUUCCCAUUCCCUGAAGGAUCACAGAUUACUUCAUUGCAAAUAUUUUGA